AGUAAAACACAUUUCGUCUCACAUGAAAGAUGUAAAAUCUAAUAAUUUCGAUAUGUGAAGAAAAUGUUUAAGUGUGGAUAGAUUUUAAAAUGGGAUUGAUUUCUAGGACAUGAAAUAUGGAGGACAAAAAUAUUACUCAAAGAGAUAUAAACUAUGAAGAAAUUCGCCGUUUUUUGCUCACUUAAUGAUCUUCCCAAUGAUGUGAAUACCUAGAAAGGCAUUACCAGAUGCUUUUGAAAAAAAUAAGAUUUUGGAUAGUGAUUUUAAUGCUCAUUUGUUAUAUAAUUGGAAUAUUAAUUUUGACUGCAAUAUCGUUACAAGAUUCCAAUAGUUUUAAGAUUAACUCAAAUUUAAAUAAUAGAUAUUUAUCCAAAUCAAAGAGCUUCGAAUAUGGUCUUCCAGGAUUCAGACCGUAUUUGAGACGGUCUAAAAUCAAUUGGUGUUCAGAACUGAAAUAUCGUAAUCCUUAUGGCCCAUCUAUUGCUCUAGCUUCGUUUCCUGGAAGUGGUAAUACAUGGCUAAGAUAUUUAUUACAACAAUCUACAGGUUACUUUACUGGAUCGGUCUACAAAGAUUAUGGACUUCUAAAGAAUGGAUUUCCAGCUGAGAGUGUUUUCAACGGCUCAGUAUUAGUAGUGAAAACGCAUGAAUGGGGAGCACCAAAUAGAAAAAUGUUCUCUAAAGCGAUUCUGCUUGUUAGAACUCCCUCUGCUGCCAUUCAAGCUGAGUUUAAUCGUCAAAAUGGUGGUCAUAUAGGAUUUGCUGCACCAGAUAAGUACAAGAGAUUGAAAGGGAAAUAUUGGCAAGAUUUCGUUUUGAGGAAACUGAAGCAAUGGCACGACAUGAACCUGGAUUGGUUAUAUAACUUUACAGGGCCUACACAUGUUAUUUUCUACGAGCAACUGGUAAACGACUUGGAAAAUACGUUAAAAACCAUUUUACAAUUUAUAGAUAUACCAUUUAAUCAGAAACUAUUCAAUUGUGCCAUCGAGAGGAAAGAAGGAAUAUACAGAAGGAAAAAAAGGGUGUUAAACUUUGACCCAUUUAAUGAUAAGUUGAAAUCAGUUAUUAAAGAAAUUGAGAAAAAAGUUUUUGAUGCUAUUUACAAUGUUGCUGCUCCGGCGGAAAUGUAGACAAAUAAUAAUAUAUUGAAGAUAAUAAUUAAUUUUUUAUAUUUAUCGAUUAAAUAAAACGACGAUGUAAUGUUUCUAUGUAAAUGUAUUUUUUUUAAAAUGAAAGAACAUUUAAUUAGAGCCAAGACAAAUUUUUUUAUAAACCGUUGAACUGAAUAGAUUCUUUGAAUAAUGUAUACGGGGUAUGGCUUUAAAUAAGUUGACCUACAGUGCUAUAGAAGAAGUUUGCAUACGUUAGUCGUGAUACCUACAUUUACUUGUUGCGCAGAUUAAACGUUUUAAAGAUGGCCAGAUGGCUGAGAUGACAUACUAGAUGUUUCCCGACCAAGUCAUCAUUUCACAUCGAAAGCAUGAUUGCUUUUUUUCAAAAUUCAACGUAUUAUGUUUUUCGAAGGUCGAACUAUUACGUGGAUGGUCCCAGAAGUACCUGGCCUAACCUAAAGAUGGCAGUAGUUACUUGAAAAUACCACUGCAUUAGAAAGUACACAAUGUAUACAGUAUAUGUUUCAAAUUUCAAGACGCCACGUUGUUUAGUAUUUAUUUAGCAGCCAUCAAUAGUGAACGUUUUCAGUGAAUUUGUAAACAUGGCAAAAAUUGGUCAUCGUUAUUUGAUACAAUACUUUUAUUUGAAAGGCUGUAGCCCAACCAAUAUAAAAACUGAACUAGAUUCUACUCUGGGUGAGACUGAUCCUAGCAGAGUUUCGGCGAGGCCGUACGACCUGCGAUAAUUAGCAUCGCAGUGAUCGAUCCAAUGAGGUAACGACUCCAGAAAUGUUGAAGAAAAUCCAUAAAGAGGUACUGGAUGAUCGUUGACUGUGAGCUAGCAGACAUAGUAGGCAAUUCAAGGCACAUCGCAUAUUAACUGAAAAUUUGGACAUGAGAAAGCCAUGCGCAAGAUGAGUGCCGCGUUUGCUUACAAUGGAACAAAAACAGAAUCGUGAAGAUGUUUCCACUGAGUGUUUGGUAAUGUUUCACAGAAACAAAGUAAGAAUUUUUGCGCCGAUUCUUAACCAUGCAUGGAGCGUGGAUAAAUCACUUUGCCCGAAACAGAAGAAUAAUAUAACAAUGGACUCAGAAAACCUGCUCCAAAGAAAGUAAAAAUCGUUCCAUCUACAAGCGAGGUGAUGGCGUUGGUUUUUUGGGAUGCGCGCGGAAUAAUUUUCAUUGACUAUCUUCAAAAUGGAAAAACUAUCAGCGACGAGUAUUAUGCGAACUUAUUGCAGCAUUUGAGCGAAUAAAUCAAGCAAAAACCGCCGUAUUUGGCUAAAGAAAAAGUGAUGUUCCAUCAAGACAAUGCACCAGCUCCCACAUCCGUUAUGGCAAUGGCCAAACUUGAUGAAUUAAACUUUGAAUUGCUACCUUCGGAUCAUUUUGGUCGAAUAUUUUCCAACAUUGAAGAGGUGAGUCAGUUAAUGGUUAUUUUGAGAAGCUUGACGAUUCUUAUUAUAAAAAGGGUAUCGAACAUAUUGAACAUCGCUGGGAAAAGUGUAUGGAGCUAAUAGGAGAUUAGGUUGAAAAAUUAAUAUAUUUUUAUCCAAAAUUUAUGUGCUUUCUGUGUUGGACCAAGUACUUCUGAAACCAUUCUCAUAAUCACCAUUAUUUCCUUCGAGAUUUUUGGAAAGAAUGAGAAAAGCAACCAUAAAAGUGGAAGCACAAGUUAUGGGUUCAACAUUAGUAUUAGACCAUCAGCCUGUUAAGCCAAUGUUACGGCUUAUAAAUAUAUAAAUCUAAAGGAACACGAUUUGAGUUCUGUAGUAUUGUAAAGAAAUAAUGAUAUUCAAAUAACCCUCCUUAGUUUAAAUAUGAAUAUAUAUUAUUUAUUUGGUUUAUUACUACUUCCUCUACUUGGAGGCGUUGUACCACGUUGUGAUCUCUGAACGUCGAAUAAAUAAGAUAACAUUGUCGAAUUAGUCUUUUAUUCGAGACCACUAAAAUUGGAAUCACGUGGUCAAAGACAUCACAAAUAGGCGAUGAUUAUUGAUAAAAUGACGAAAAUAGGGCACCUGAGAGAAUUUCCUCCAGCAAGUACUGAUUGAGUCAUUUUCAAAGCAAGGCUACUAAACUAUUUCUCAGCUAAUGGAAUAAAGAAAGAGACAGGCAAAGUCAGAAUAAAAGCAAUAUUGCUAAAUACAUGUGACGAAAAGUUAUACAAACUUAGUGAGUCCUGCCAAGCCAGAAGAAAGCAGAACGCUUUCUUAAAUACCUGACAGAAAAAGACUUCCGGCAUUAUUCCAAAUAAUGGAAGGUUUGCAUGGAGGAUUUUAGAGAUAGAGAAGGAGUUCAUAUUGAAAUUUACAUUGAGUAGAAAUGUAUGAAUUCAAAAACAGAUAUUUUAUUAUUUAAUGGCCAUACCUCGUAUUGUAAUACAGGAGGGUUUCACAUUUUUUUUAACAGAAUAAAAGGAUUAGUAGAAAUCAAGGUCUAUUUUUCUAUUUAUGAACUUCAACGUUUUUCUAAAUUCUGAUGUCAACUUUCUCGUCCACUACUUACACCGUAAAUUCUUAAGAACAAUUUCCCAAUAUU